AUGCGUAUUUCUUACGUCUUUGUGGCUAUCGCGGCUACUCUCCUCGCAUGUAGUGAUGCACUUGGGGUUUCCCAUAGGAGUCUCAGGACCGAGAAUGCGGCGGAUGCAGACUUCGAGGAGAGAGGCGCCCCUUCCAACAAAGUGGAGGCUUUAGCUUAA